GAGACUAAGGGUGUAAGACUGAGUGCAUGUGUUACUGUAGGGAAAAAAGAAAAAGAGCUCAUGUGGGAACGGGAGAAAGAGGGAGUGUGUCAGUGAGAGAGGGAGUGAGCGAGGGCGAGGGCAGUUCGAUCAGCGUUUCAGUAUGUGGAUUAGUGGAAUCUAGCGCUUCACUUGUCACGGAGCAUGGAGAUAAACGGUCGGGCGCUGCCGCCCUCGAUACCCGAAGACCGGGAAGUGCUGGACCAUGUUCCCUCACCCGCUGGGAUGAACGGUUACCACCAGAGCCCCCAGGGCUCGGACGUGGGCGAAGCCGAGGUGCCGGUGUCCAAGACGCAGCGGCGCAAGAGCGACGUCAAAGUUUACAAGGAGUUUUGCGAUUUUUACGCCCGCUUCAACAUGGCCAAUGCUCUGGCCAAUGCCAUGUGUGAGCGCUGCAAGAGCGGCUUUGCCCCGGCAGAGAAGAUAGUGAACAGCAACGGGGAGCUUUACCACGAGCAGUGCUUCGUGUGUGCCCAGUGUUUCCAGCAGUUCCCAGAGGGACUCUUCUACGAGUUUGAAGGCAGGAAAUACUGUGAGCAUGACUUCCAGAUGCUGUUCGCCCCCUGCUGCCGCCUGUGUGGUGAGUUCAUCAUCGGCCGUGUGAUCAAGGCCAUGAACAACAGCUGGCACCCGGACUGCUUCCGCUGUGAUCUCUGCGACACGGUGCUGGCUGACGUUGGAUUCGUUAAGAACGCAGGAAGGCACCUGUGUCGUCCGUGUCACAACAGAGAGAAAGCUCGGGGUCUUGGCAAGUACAUCUGUCAAAAGUGUCACGCAAUCAUAGACGAGAGGCCUCUGCUGUUCAAGAACGACCCCUAUCACCCUGAUCACUUCAACUGUAAUAACUGCGGUAAGGAGCUUACAGCGGAUGCCAGGGAGCUGAAGGGGGAACUGUACUGUCUGCCCUGCCAUGACAAGAUGGGCGUCCCCAUCUGUGGGGCCUGUAGGAGACCCAUCGAGGGCCGGGUGGUCAAUGCCAUGGGCAAGCAGUGGCAUGUGGAGCAUUUUGUGUGUGCUAAGUGUGAGAAACCUUUCCUGGGACACCGUCACUAUGAACGCAAGGGCCUGGCCUACUGUGAAACACACUACAACCAGCUGUUUGGGGAUGUGUGCUACCACUGCAACCGUGUCAUUGAAGGAGAUGUGGUGUCUGCCCUUAACAAGGCCUGGUGUGUCAACUGUUUUGCCUGCUCUACCUGCAACACCAAGCUCACCCUCAAGGAUAAGUUUGUGGAGGUGGAUCUAAAGCCAGUGUGCAAGCACUGUUACGAGCGCCUGCCGGACGACAUGAAACGCCGGCUGGCUAAACGCGAGCGCGACUCCAAAGAGAAGAAGAAGAAACCACUGAUACCGAUGUGUUUGUGAACCUCUUUUUCUCCUUUCACCUCAUUUCCACUGUUCUUCCUUUGGAACAAGUUUGUGGAGUUUGACAUGAAGCCAGUGUGCAAGAAGUGCUAUGAGAAAUUUCCUCUGGAGCUGAAGAAGAGACUGAAGAAGUUGUCUGAAACUGUUGCACGGAAGUAAACAUGCCGUGAAGGAGGGAAGUAAAGAUGACAGAGAUGAGGUGGUGCAUGGAAGAAAUCACAUUUCCAAAACUCAUAAUCAUAUAAGAUAGUAUUUGUGUGUUUUAUAUUUUUAGUGUUUCACAUUUCAGUUGGUUAUGUUAUUGUAACUUUUAUUUGUAUCCUUUCAUUUAUAACUGCAAAGCACUGAGGAUGAUUUCUUAGGAUCUGGACCUAAAAUAGUCAUACACAUACAGUCAAAAGUCAUCACUUGGAUUGUUGGUCCUUUUACCUGCUCAGUGUCUUCUGGCUCACAUGCUGCACUAUAUAUUAUUAUAUGGCUGCUUAACUAUAUAAAAAAGGUCAAGACAUGAUGAUCGUUUUGUAUUUAAAUGACAAUUCAGUUUUAAGAUGACACAGGAACAUUAGACAAAAAAAAUUACUUAGAAGCAUAAAUAAUGGGCUGUUGUAAGGAAUCUGUAUAUAAUCAAAAUCAACAUGUAUUAUUUUGUGUAUUUUCAUUAAUAUUAUGGAAAAUGUGUUUGUGUUUCACUUUAAGUUUUUUUCUAAACAACACUUUUUUGGCAUCAUACUGUGGUGUCAUUGUCUAUGCAAAGCUCUAACUCAUUUAUCACACAGCAGAAAUACAUCUGAGGAUAGUAAUGGUAACGUUGUGUGUGUUGCAGUCCAACACAAUGGCUUGUAGCAUGUGCAGAGCCUGGACGUGGCAGCAUUGUAGACGUUAGAAUAUAUGUCUCUGCUAUGUGUAAUCCAGAGAAAGUGAUCCUCUUAGAGAGGUGUACCAACUUCCUCAAGGCUCAGACCCUCUUAGGAAAGAAAGCCAUGUGUUUUAAAUUUGUUUCAGAAUAUUGCAUUCUAGCAGUAUUUCGACAGUAUUUAUUCGACGAAAGUUUAACUUCUACGUAGUAUUUUAUAGAAAAGCACAUUCCACUAUAUUAUGGAAAUGCAAGACCUGUGUUAUUGUUCUGACUUACCACUUUUCACAUGUCAUGUAAAAAUAAAACUAUCCACUGGGCUGUUUGUUGUGAAGCAGAACUUCACUAAAAAUAGUCCUGUAGAUAAUUUUAUUUGAUAUCUUAAUGUAUCUGUGGCUUUUAUAUUGUAUUUUGUCUCCAUAUUGCUUGUCAGCAAACAGUAUUUAUAUAUGUAAACACACCUAAGUGCAUGUUCUAGACUUGAAAAAAUGUAUUUUUUCAGUUUAGCAAAGAUAAUCCUGCCAAGCUUUCUGAAUAAAGAUGGAUGUCAACUCGCUUA